CAUACAUACAUACAGACAAGGCCUGCACUGCAGCUGCUGCUCCUCUGCUAAAUGCAUGAACUAGCAGAAGCAUAACCCCACUCGCAGAGCACAUACUUUGUUCUCUCUUCCCCACUCAUUAAUUACAUCUCUGCUUCUGAAGGUAAAGCAUUUAUUUCAAACAUACCAACUUCUCAAACAGGAAGCUCCUAUAAAGAAAUUCCCAUGCUUCAUUGUUUCAUCACCUGGUUUUACCAUUAUUGCUGUUUCUGAGUUUUUACCGGUCAGCAUUUUCAUGGGGAAGACUGGAGGGAGCUCCUGGUUGACCGCGGUCAAAAGGGUUUUCAGGUCUCCUACCAAGAGUGACAGAAGCAACACUAGGAGGAGAGAAGAACUGCAGGAACAAGAGGAAGAAGAAAAGAAGAGAGGAAAACGGAGAUGGAUUUUUAGGAAGCCUACGAUCCAAGAAACGUUUAUACAAGUACAACAUAGAAACUGUCCAAGAUCUGCUGCUGAUGGCGGAGCAGCCACUCAAAAUGCAACUAUGGCAGCUCAUGAUGAGGCCCGUGAUGCUCCUAGAAUGGCGGUGGCCCCGACAGCAGCUGCCACAGUGCAAAUGGCGGUCAAAGCUGUUCGUCUUACUAAGUCUAACUGCAGGCCUUCCAUUUUCGUUAGAGACUAUGCUGCCAUUGUUAUUCAGACUGCUUUCAGAGGAUGUCUGGCUCGAAGAGCUCUUCGGGCCCUGAAGGGGCUGGUGAAGCUUCAAGCACUGGUGAGAGGCCACAAUGUUAGAAAGAGGGCAAAGAUGACUCUGCAAUGCAUGCAGGCUCUGGUUCGAGUGCAAGCUCGGGUUCUUGACCAACGAACGAAGAGGCUUUCGCAUGAAGGCAGCGCAGAUUCCAUUUUCAGUGAUCCCAAUGGCUUAUGUGGAGCACAUUUCUCAGAUAGAAGGAAGUCCAUAUCGAAAGACGAAGAGAGCAGCGCCUUGGAUGAUCUGAUCCAUUGGGACAACUUGAAACCGAAAACAUUGGAGCAGAUUGAAGCCAUGUUACAGAAAACCAAGCAAGCUGCCUUGAAGAGUGAAAGGAGUACUAGCCUUGCUUAUGCCUUCUCUAGCCAGAAAUUGAGUAGUGGUAGCAGCGACGAAGAUGCUAGUGAGCAUGAGGAGUUAGAGGAGAAAUUUAAUUUGCUUGAUGGUUGGACAAGAAGAAGGCAACGUGAGAUCAAUCCAGGCAGAGCUUCGUUUGAUCAGAGAGAUCCUAUCAAAACAGUUGAAAUCGACACUUCUCGACCUUACUCUUAUUCGAGUACUCCGAAUUCCAAUUCCAGAAUCAAAAGAUCAGAUCAAUAUAAUUAUCAGAGCCACCAUCUUCAGUACAAUUAUCAACAGCAAAGAGCUCCUCCUCAGUCAUAUCCAGUUGCCUCUCCUCAAUCACCCGUCACGCCAUUUACUUCCAUGGCAAGAAAUCUACAAGUGCACUCGGCUAGUCCUCGUUGCCUUCGGGGAGAUCAGAGGAUUAACCACCCAAUGCCACCUCCUCAUACUCCCAACCAGAACUUAGGCUCAACUAAUUACAACCAUGGAUUGAUGGGGGUGCCAAACUACAUGGCUACUACAGCAUCAGCCAAGGCUCGGAUUCGGUCUCAAAGCACACCAAGGCAAAGGCAUUCAGCAAGCGAGAUGGAAAAGCCAGGAUCCGCAAGGAAACGCUUGUUUUUUCCAGCUCCUCAUCCAUGUGGUGAUAGCUGUGCUAAUGCUAAUGUUAAUGGUGGUUCGGAUUAUAACUUGGAGAGCCCUAGAUAUAACAACGGCAUCAAGGGAGGCCUUGCAGUUCGAAUGCCGCAGAGGCCUAGCGUGUCUUCUUGUUACACAGAUGGUGAAACCUCUCCAACUUCCAGCAGCGAGCACAGAAGGUACUGGUUGAGGUAAUCAAGCAGAAGAGUGUAACCGGCAAAUUUGACACAUGAUUGGGUACUGGUGGUUAAUCUGCUAACUCAACUUCAAAUGCACAAUAUGGGAUUAGAGGAGCAAUUAACUUAACUAUUAAGCUUUCACUAGAUGCUUUUAUUCAAUAUAUAAAUCUCGUUUGAUAUCCGAGAAUUGUGAGACUAUAAGCCGUUGAUGCAUUUUGCUCCCACAAAGCAUCAACGACUCACUAUCUCUCGCAUUGCGCGCAUAGGCAACUGAUGCUCUCUAAACCGAUGCAGCUGGGUGUUGAAUAAAGUUGAUGACUUCGUUUUUUAU